AAAAGAGUCUCCAUGUCAGUUUUGGUGCUUGUACCACAAUGUGACCGAUAUUUUCACUAAUCUGCUGGGUUAUUUGCAACUGCGGGAAACAAAACUCAUCAAAAAACAAAAAAUAAAAGGUAAUUAUUCCACUAUGCAUUUUUUACAUUGUAAAUAUUGUUUGAAGAAAAUCGUAAAAACACAUGAAUGUUUUGAAAUAUUUUGAAAAUCUUAAGUUUAUGUUACUAUAAAGUUGCUCGUUGAUAAUAUUAUACAUUUUUGAUACAUUUAUAUGUACAUUUAUAACGAGGAUGGCGUUAUUGAUAGCACUAUUACUUCAGAACCAUUUUUUCUCUUCAGCUAAAUGAGGCUUCUUCUAGAGUGGACGUUGUUCGUCGAAGCUAUCAGGGCCACAAGUUAGGUUUGAUGGAGUGGCAGUUCCUUUCUAACCAAGAAAUGGAAGAAGGAAAAGCUUCUGGAAUUAAGAACCUCGGAGGCGUACACAAUGUCGUUUUGCUAGAUAUCUCUGAGAGUAUGGAAGAAGCAUGGCUGGAAGUGACAACUUUCUUCAACGAAUAUAUAUCAGAUCGAUUAAGGUAGGCGGACCAUCCCCAGUCACGGCAGGGAUGUUGAUGACGUUUGCAGCGGCUGGAUCGUCCAAAAGCCUGGGAUGGAAAGUUCAAACACAGAUGUUGGCCUGCAAACUGUCGGUGUUGUGUUGCGUGUUCACAUGGCUGGUGAGGUCCCGAAGGCGCUGGUACGUUGGGAGAACGGUACUAGAGGAGAAUAUUUGUACAUGACAGAAAGCCAUUCGUUACUGGAAAUUCAACUUGUGUAAGUACGAAAUUAUUUGAAUAUCCGAAAACUAUUAAAAUAACUAUUAAAAAUCAGAUAAAAAAAUCUGUGUUUCGUUUAUGUAACAAAUUAUAGAUUUUUAAGUACGUUGUAAUGAAAGUAUAAGAAUGAAUGCCAAAUCAUGCUACGAGUAGAUUUGCUUUUUGAUAUUUGGAGCAUUAAAGUUUGCAUGGAAGAAUACAAGCUCAUUUUCAAUUGAACAAUAUGAGAAAAAGAAGGACGUUGCACAGAGCUUCAAACACAACUAUGGGACCUAAGAAAUGCAUUCAACAAACUUCAAUCGGACAUGCUAGAUCAAAGGGCGAAGACCACAGGAAGUAAUCAAAAUUACUCUUCCGAUGGUACAACAACAUCUGCAAGAGCGGAUAACACUGACAGUCAUUCAGAGGCAGUUUAUACAACAUCCUAUCAAGAGUCGAAAAACUGCGGAGUGACACAACCUUCUAGCUACAGCAAAUCUUUACAGAAGGAGAAGUAAACUCGUGCUUUCUGUUUUGUUUUCUGGUGCAUACAUUUCCAUUUUACCUCUGUCAUGACCGGGCAUGUUAUAAUAAUCGUCUAUCGUGUUUAUGCGUUAAACUAUAUAAAAAAAUGUUCUGCUAUUUAAUUUCGAGAAUACGUAAAGCAAGCAUGCCAUACCUACUUUACGAGUCAAUUUAAAUUCAUUGAUAGGUUUAUAUUAUAUGGCACCAUGCUACCAUGUGUUUGUUUCCAGUAUUUUAAAAUCUUUCAGAAUCGAUGUUCAAACACCUGGAAACGAAGCGUCAAGCGAUAAUCCACGAAGUUUUAAAGCUCCAUGAGGCUCUGCAAAGCGCUGAUGAGACAAAAAAGAUGUCUGAAGUUAUGUUGCAGAGUUUACAAGAGCUCGAUCAUCGACCUGAUCCAUGUCCAUGUUCUGAUGUUUUACGAGAUGCACAAACAGCAUUAACACAACUUAACUCCAAGGUCGAACUAUUGAAUGAAUCAAACCGAGAAAGAGAAGGACGUUGCACAGAGCUUCAAACACAAAUAUGGGACAUGAGAAAUGCACUCAGCAAACUUCAAACGGACAUGCUAGAUCAAAGUGAGAAAAACACAGGAAGUAAUCAAAAUUACUGUUCCGAUGGUACAACAACAUCUGCACGAACGGAUAACACGUGCAGUCAUUCAGAGGCAGGUCAUCCAAGAUCCUAUCAAGAGUUGGAAAACUGCGGAGCGACACAAGCUUCUAGCAGUAGCAAACCCAAAUUGUUGCAGAAGGAGAGUAUCGAUGUUCGCACUCCUUUCGCGGGAAAUAAAGAGUCCAACGACAACCAACGAAGUUGCCAAGAUAAUGUCGUUCGCCAACGUGUAAAAGCCUAUAAGGCCGGACUUCACGAAUGGCAUGCUUUAGCAUUACACGAAGGCAAGUUUGAUAUCCGAACGGAUCUUAAUGGCAUUCGCAAUGUCGUUCUUAUUGAUAUUUCGGAGAGCAUGGUGGACGCCUGGACGCAAGUGAAAGGUUUCUUCAAUGAUUUUCUGUCAGGUUUGGCGAGUUUGAUGGACUACGGAAUUAAUGAAGAGCGCGUUGCUUUAGCAACGUUUGGUCACGAGACAAAAGUUCGACAAAAACUAACAGGGGACAUUCAAGUGCUAAAGUCAGCAUUUGAGCAAAUAACGCUUGGAGGACCAACACCUUUCGCUGCAGGAUUGCUGCUGUCCAUGGCCGCCCUCGGCUUCUUUGAACGAACAGGCAGUGUUGUUGUUCUGAAUGGAAUCGAGCUUCCCUCAAGAAUUAUCAUUCUAACAGACGGUUAUCCAACAGAAACAGACCUUUAUAUGGGUCCCGAUGCGGCAGAUAACUCUCAAAUAGAACUGACUAAGCAUGGCAUCAUCUCUAUUUUGGAGCAAACGAGAGGUCGUAAAAUAGAAUUUUGUUUCGUCCCUAUUGGUAACGCAAAUCAUGAAUUGAUAAACGUCAUGGCUGGCGUAGUAAAAGGCAAGGUUAACAGUCACCAGGACGGACACAAAUUAGCAAGACGAACGCUGGACACAAUGGUCAAAGGACAAUCGGGUGGUGUUUUGCAAGGAUUGCCAUGCGGAGGAGAUUUGGAAAAGUUAAAGGAAUUUCUGACCACCACUCGGGACCGCCUAGAUUCGUACUUGGAGACCACCGGAAGUAAUUUGCCCGCGCCUGGUUCCCGAGUUUCUAGAGGCCCCGACUGGAACUAUAGCGAUGACCAAGAUAAAUGGAUGCCGGGAACCAUCGUGGGACAUACGAAUGAUGAUCGAGUAUGGGUAAACUGGGACGCGCCGGGCACUGGCGUCUUAACUUACAGAUACGGAAUGGGUGGAGCUUAUGACGUCCUUUUAACCGAUGAAGCUCGGACACUUGAGGAUGGAGAGACACUUGCUGUUGGAUGCAAAGUGCGCUCAGGAAUUGGAUUAAGGAAUAGUGCAACAAAAAUCGGGAGCAAAACAAUCGGGACUGUGUUGCGUAUACACUUGGACAGAGGGCAGCCAAAAGCAUUAGUACGUUGGAGAAAUGGAAAGCGGGGUGAAUACACGUACAUGGCAGACGGCUCGACGCCACCGGAAAUCGAACUUAUUUCACAGUAGAACAAUAGUGAUAUGUUUAUUUCCAUAUAUAUCAUCAAAUCUACCUGUGUCAGAUUCCUUUUGUAGGCGAGGCAAUUAUCAUUAUGGAACAGAUUAUAGAAACUAUAUCAGUUUUUGACGUGUCUACGUAUUUACCAGAUCAAGAAGUAUGUGGCUGAAAAUGUGCAACGUUAAUGUGCCACCAAUCACAAGCAAACUCAUUUAAUGCUCAUAUGUGUCAAGAUUACCGCAAAAAACAGCUCGUCUGCAUGUCAUUGUGACAUUGAGUUGUAUAUCUAUUUACACGUGAUUGGCUUUUUCUAUUUGUCUUGAUAUUUUUGUAUGAACGCAAUAUUAGAAUUUCAUAAAAACGACAGAUUCCUACGACGACUAUCUUAAGUGUUUGAUGUUGUUUGUUUGUUUGUUGUUGUUGUUGUUGUGCGACAUCCUUUUGUAAAUGAAAUCACAUAACAAGACCUAAGAAAUAAAACAAAAACAAAA